GUCGCACCCGUGCACCACCACCACCACCCCACCACCACCAAAGGGGAACGAGCGCCGCCGAGCACGCGCGCACGCCUCCCCCCACCGGAGCACGCGCGCCGCCCCGAAUUCGCCUCUCGCAUCCGCCGGACGGUCUCCUCCCCGUGCUCCUCCACUUUCCUGGAAUGGCGUCGAGCGGUGACGCAGCCGGAGUUGUCGUGCCAAGGAACUUUAGACUGCUGGAAGAGCUUGAGAGAGGAGAGAAGGGCAUUGGGGAUGGAACAGUUAGCUAUGGAAUGGAUGACGCAGAUGAUAUCUACAUGCGCUCCUGGACAGGAACAAUAAUUGGUCCCCACAACACUGUCCACGAGGGCCGGAUUUAUCAGUUGAAGCUUUUCUGUGACAAGGACUAUCCAGACAGGCCACCGACUGUUAGGUUUCACUCAAGAAUCAACAUGACCUGUGUAAAUGCCGAGACUGGAUUGGUGGACCAAAGGAAGUUCAGCCUGUUGUCCAACUGGCGCCGUGAGUACACAAUGGAGAACAUCUUGAUACAGCUUAAGAAAGAGAUGGCGACAUCACACAACCGGAAACUAGUGCAGCCUCCGGAGGGGACGGUCUACUGAAAGGGCUCAUCGCAUCGCAACGGUCAUUCCAAGAACCCUUGCGGUUCUCAUUUUAGAUAUCGCAUAAGAUCGCAACAUUUGGUGCAAACGAUUAUGUACUUAAACUUUGACGGUGUCCUUGUGUGUGUGUGUGCCUCGCUUUCUUUGACAGUAUUAGCCGGUCCGUGGCGUUAUCUCCUGGGUAAACCUGUGUUGUAAUGAUGCGCUUGGGCUUGAGCUGUUGUUUUUAAAAGUACCAUUACGUUGUUUC